UUUUUUUUUUUUAAAUUACACCAUGAUUUUAUCAUCUAGAGAAUCGUUUCAGCCCAACUCAAUAACGCCAAUACAACUUUCAGAUUUAUGUUCAAAUGUUGUCAAGAUUCUCUGUGGAGGCAAUUUAAUGUGGGAUAUGGAUAGGCUCAUGAACUUUUCUCUGUUCUGUAAUCGACUGGUUGUUCAACUUGAUAUUUCAGCACCUGUUAUCUACACAAGUCUCAAAUAUUUCCAGACCAUUUUGGCAAACAGUAUAAACGAAUAUAAUAUCAUUGAUUUAUCUGAUAUCGCACAUGAGUACUCUCUUUUUACGGUAUCACUCAUAUUGGCGUACAAAUUUCUGGAAGACAAUCCACCAUAUAUGAGACAAUGGUCCUUUGUAUCUAUGAUUUCUAUCGAAGAAUUAGUCAUGUUAGAAUCUCAAGUAUUACAAAAACUAGACUAUUUCCUUUCUAUUUCACCUGAAGUAUAUCACGAAUGGAUUGAACAAUGCAACGCUUUACCCUUUUUAACUCUGGAACAGUUAAACUUGUUUGAUUUACAUAUGACACAGUCUCGACUCGGAUACAGCAUACUUUUACCGGUUUUAUUAGAUGACUUUUAUUUGUUACCAUCGUUAUCGUCUUCGCCUCAAUCCACCGCAUCUUAUUCAGAUUGUUAUUAUCAGAUGACUCAUAUGACGACUGCACUACAGACCAACAUCAUUCCUCAACAACAACAACAGUUCAUGUACAACAAUAGUAGAAGUAACACAAAUGAAAGCAGCAUUUGUGUACAACUUCAAAAUGAGUUUUUUGUAAAUAAUAUAUUUAUUGCUGCUCCUACUACUGUGCCUUCAAAUUAUUAUCCAGAAGAAUCUCAAUUUGACUAUUCAUCAUGCUUAAUACAUCAAAAUUGGUUACAGCAACAACAACAACAACAACAACAAGUGUUCAUGGAUCCUUUGUGGUACUUGUAACAUAUAUACCAUUUAUAGACAGAAUUAUUCCCAUUUCAUACUUGUAAAGUUUAGAUAAUAAACACUUUAUUCAUUUG